AUGUCUACAGAACAGAUGUUAUCAAUUGGCGUUUCGAGAUCGUCUGAACUUUCAGUCCCGCCAACCUGUCAGAAAAGUAAAAAUUCCCGCUCUGAAAAUGGAGGAAGGGCUGAUCUAAUUACUAGUGAACGGAUCUCAACAAGGUUAACCCUCAUAUGGGUAUAUCUCGUUUACGUGAUUGGAAAAGUAAAACCCCCAGAUCAGAAGGGAGUCCAAGUCCUAAUGCAAAACCUCCUUUUGAAAACUGGUACCCUACAGAGUCCAUACUACCUACGGAGUACACCCUAUCUAUCCCUGGCUACCGCGGAAAAGGAGGUGAGGGAAGAGAGGGUGGGUUGUUACGGAGGAUACGAUGGAAUCGGAUAG